UUUUCAAAGGGUUAUGUGUUUUGUAGUGUAAUUUAUUGUUUAUUUUCGUAUAUUUUCAAUGAAUUAUUGCGAAACACGUACAUAAACUUAUGAAUAACUUGAACAAAUUACUAAAGUCAUGUAGAAUAGUAGUAUCACUUGCUAAACGACCUGUAUUUGUAGAGGUAAAUACAAGAAUAUAUUCCAAAUAUUCAGCAAUAGUUUUCACACAUAAUUUAGAUCAUUUUGUUAUCAGAAACAUGUCUCAGAAGAGUAUAAAAUCGUUUUUCACUAUCACUCCGAAGAAAACUGCUGAAAUGAAGGAGGAAACGAAGGACGAAUCUCCUUCAAGUUCUCCUAAGAAGAAUGAUAAUACAAUGAUAAAUGAAUCACCGCCUGUUACUAAUGGAAAAGAAAAGAGAACUUCAAGAAGACAAAGGCUAGAAAGUAGUGAUGAGGAGUCCCAGUCACCCAAACCUACGAAAAGGAAGUCAUCUCCUACUAGUUCUGAAAAGAAAAAGAACACGAAGCGGCAAAGAAUUGAAAGCUCAGAAAGUGAAGCAGGGUCACCGGUCAAGGUUGAGGAGAAAAUUGAAGUGAAAAUAGAAAAGACGCACCAACCUAAGACAUAUGCAUCACCAAAAAGUAAAAAAACCAAAGCGACAUCAACAAAAGAUAAAAUAUCAUCAUCAGUAGAGAAAAAGACUUUACGAGAGAAAAAUGAGAAGACAAGUCCGGCUAAAAAAUCUCCUACUAAAUUGACUGUGAAAGAAGAGAUAUCUCCUACUCAAAAGAAGAUAGUUCCUAUGAGUGCUUUUGUUAAGAAAGAGAAUGGAGUGGGUGAGAAGAAAGAUGGGGAAGUCAAGAAGGAAGGAGACAGAGUACCAGAGGAAGAAUAUAACCCAGCGAAACCAAAGUACCAUCCGAUCGACGACGCGUGUUGGUCAAAGGGCGAGGAAGUCCCAUACUUAGCUCUAGCCAAGACCCUAGAAGCCAUAGAAGCGAUUUCAGCUCGACUCAAGAUCGUGGAGAUACUGGCUAACUUCUUCCGUUCAGUACUAGCACUGACUCCUGAAGAUUUACUUCCUUGUGUGUAUAUGUGCUUGAAUCAGCUGGCACCGGCGUAUCAUAGCUUAGAGUUGGGUAUGGCAGAAACCUAUCUAAUGAAAACGAUAGGUCAAUGUACGGGGCGCACUCUAGCCCAGGUCAAGAGCGCGGCACAGAAGACGGGCGAUCUCGGGCUGGUAGCGGAGCAGGCGCGUGCUACCCAACGAACCAUGUUCACUCCGCCACCGCUCAAAGCCAGGAAAGUCUUCGCUGCUCUCAAGGAAGUCGCCCAUAUGACUGGGCAAGCUUCAGUCAACAAGAAGAUUGCUAAGAUACAGUCCCUGUACAUCGCGUGUAGGAACGUCGAAGCAAGAUACUUAAUCAGGUCGCUGGAAGGCAAGCUUCGUAUCGGCCUGGCGGAGCAAUCUGUGCUCCAAGCGCUGGCGGUGGCCACGACGCUGACGCCUCCUGGACCCAACGGCGUCGAGACGUUAGACGCUUCCAAGGGAUUGUCUGCUGAACAGCUCAAGGCAAAAAUAGACGAACAAGCUCUGAUAAUAAAGACGACAUACUGCGAAUGUCCGAACUACGAGCUGCUGGUGCCGGCGUUGCUGCAACACGGGGUGCAGCAGUUGCAGCAACACUGCCGGCUGACGCCCGGAAUACCGCUCAAGCCCAUGUUGGCACAUCCCACCAAAGGACUACACGAGGUGUUCAACAGAUUUGAGAACCAAGAGUUCACAUGCGAGUGGAAGUACGACGGAGAACGCGCUCAGAUCCACGUCCCAGCUGUACCUGACAACGACACACCAGACUUCAGCAAUGCAGCUGUAUUCAGCCGCAACCAGGAGAACAACACGAGCAAGUACCCGGACAUACUGAGGCGUCUGCCCACCCUGCUGAAGCCGGGGGUGCAUAGCUGCGUGCUCGACACAGAGGCUGUGGCAUACGAUGUCGAGAAGAAACAGAUACUGCCCUUCCAGAUCCUAUCAACCCGUAAACGCAAGGACGCGAACGAAGCGGACAUCAAAGUGCAAGUGUGUGUGUUUGUGUUCGACCUGCUGUACCUCAACGGGCGCGCGCUGGUGCGGCAGCCGCUGGCCGAGAGACGGGCUCUGUUGAAGGAGCACUUCCACGAGGUCGAAGGUGAAUGGCAGUUCGCGACGUCCAGAGACUGCACGUCGAUGGAAGAAGUACAGCAGUUCUUGGACGAGUCCAUCAAGGGCUCCUGUGAGGGGCUCAUGGUGAAGAUGCUGCAAGGGGAGAACUCCAGAUAUGACAUCGCACGCCGCUCGCAUAACUGGCUUAAGCUAAAGAAAGACUACCUGGAGGGCGUGGGCGACAGUAUAGACGCGGUGGUGAUCGGGGCGUACCUCGGCCGCGGCAAGCGGACUGGGGUCUACGGCGGGUUCCUGCUAGCGUGCUGCGACGGUAGCGGCGAAGAAUACCAAGCGCUUUGCAAGAUCGGCACGGGGUUCACAGAUGAGGGGCUGAAGGCCAGGGCUGAAGAGUUGGAACCGCACAUCGUAUCUGGGCCCAAGUCUUAUUAUAGGUUCGACGCGUCGCACACGCCGGACGUGUGGUUCGAGCCGGCGCGCGUGUGGGAGGUGCGCUGCGCAGACCUGUCGCUGUCGCCCGCGCACCGCGCCGCCAUCGGGCUGGUGGACCCCGACAAGGGCAUCUCCUUAAGGUUCCCCAGAUUCAUACGUGUUCGUGACGACAAGACGCCGGAGGAGGCGACGACUGCGCAGCAGAUAGCGUCCAUGUACCUCGCGCAGGACCAGGUCAAGAACACUGGUACUAAAAUUACCAACCUUGACGACUUUUAUUGAACCGUCUCUACAGCAGCAGGGUCUGCACGGUAACCGCGGCGCGACCAAUAGCCGUACGACGUCUAUCUACGUAGAUAGCAUUCGCGGCGUCUAUUGGUGGAAGCGUAUUGGUCGAUAUAAUUCGCACCGUGCAGACUGUACUGGUCUAAACAGGCCACUUUUUAAACCACAUUGAGCGUUUCUUCUUAAGUUAAAUUUUACCGUUUUACUGACCCUGAUGCCUACAGACACCUCAUAAUUUUAUUUUAAGUUAUACCUGUCAUUUUCUCAUCCGCCGAAAAGGAAAGACGGAUGAUUGACAGCUGUUAAUUUUAAAGUGAAUAAGUGAAUGAUUGAAUAAUCCGGGUGAAUCAAAUAGGCAUCUCGCUGAAUAUGCUACCUGAUCGACGUGUGCUUGAGACAUAAUUCUGUCGGGUUUAUUGACCAAUGUAAAAUUUAGAGACUAUUGUUUAAAGUUCUGCCUAAAAUUGAUGUGGGUUCCAUAAAUUGUAUGCCUGUCGAUUACCCGUGCCUUUUUAGGUGAAUAAGAAAAUGACAGGUAUAACAAAAUAUAUAUUUUUUUACUUUUGAUGGGUUUGCUCUUGGCCCCAGACUUGCCCGAAGGCAUUGACGAGGCCCAAAAUGGAGCGAGCUCGCCCAGAAGGUGUCUGUUCACUCUGGCUUUUUAAUUAGAUGGUGUUUACUGGAAUCGGCCCCAUUGAAUAAAUAUUAUACAGGGUGUUAGUGACAUCGUAACGAAAACUUUGAGGGAUGAUUCAGGCCAUGAUUCUGAGUUGAUAUCAAGUGGAAUUUUCCGUCGCAAAAGUAUGGAACGGAAAAUAAUUUAAAUAAGCUCUAAAAUUUUCAUGACUUCUCCGACAGGAAAUUCCACUUGAUAUCGACUCAGAAUCAUGGUCUAAAUCAUCCCCUUCAGUAUUCGUUACAGUGUCACUAACACCCAUAUCUACUUGUAUGGCUACUGUAUGUACUUGUAUGGGGUGUAAGUGACAUCGUAACGAAUACUGAGAGGGAUGAUUCAGCUGAUUAUUCUGAGUUAAUAUCAAGUGGAAUUUUCCAUCGCAAAACUAUAGAAUUGAAAUUAAUUAAAAAAAAACUAAAAAAAUAACAUGAAUUUUGCGACGGAAAAUUCCACUUGAUAUUAACUCAGAAUCAUGGUCUGAAUCAUCCCUCUGAGUAUUCGUUACGAUGUCACUAACACCCUGUAUAAAAUAUCCUUUUUGAGUCUGAAUUGCAUUUCGCUUGUAAAGUUUAAUACUAUUUUAUGAAAUAGCUGAUUUCUAGACUACCUUACUCUAUUAAUCUAUGGCGACCUUACAAAUAACAACUUCCCUAUUCAUUCUGAUUCAAUGCUUAUACUAGGAAUAGUUACGUCAAGAAUUAGGAAAGAGUCUUUUUCCACAAAUAAACAAGACAAAAUUUAAAAAAAUGCCUAGCUUAGGUUUAUUUGUAAGGCAUUCAGGGUUUAUGAGCAAUCAGUGGCAGCCCUGGUAAAAUAUUUAGGUGGCGCGAGACCUCAAAUUUGCACCCCUCAGCCCCUUAAAAUAAAAAAUGUUUACGGGCACCCGGUAUGGGCAAUCUAACCCGAUGAUGUUAGUUUGCGGCCAGGGUGAACCAGUCUUGGUUGAUUUUGCAGUGUCACACCUCGCUCCGCCCUAUGGCCGCCACUGUAUAUGUCGAAAACGUCUUUUAAAACCAUUCACAAUUCAUGCAUUUUAUACGACCUGUCUUAGUUUGAAUUAUGUACGCAAUAAAAUCACAUGUCAAUAAUGUAUAAGUGUAAAUAAAACGAAUAUGUUCUUUGAUAAA